GAAAUUGACAUCAUUUACUUACUAUUUAUUUCCUACUCCGGCUGUGGUGGACUUAUUAUUUGAUUUUUAGUACAAUGGAUUCAGCUUUACGUGAGCAAGUUAUGAUAAAUCAAUUCGUUUUAGCAGCAGGAUGUGCCCGAGAACAAGCAAAACAACUACUUCAAGCUGCACAUUGGCAAUUUGAGACGGCACUAUCAAUAUUCUUCCAAGAGGUUGCAAUACCAGCUGGGGCUAAUGGCAUUGCUGCACCUUUUCGUCAGCAACUGAUGACGCCCUGCAACACCCCAGCGACGCCGCCCAACUUCCCGGACGCGCUAGCCGCGUUCUCGCGGCUGUCGACGACGGGCAGCCCGGCGGUGGCGGGGGGCGCCGGGCCAGCCGCCGCGCCGCCCGUGUCGCCGCUGGCCACGCACCCACCGCCCCCGCCGCAGGUGCAGAUGCAGAUGAACGCUUUCCCCGGAUCACCCAACUCGCAAAACAAUUAUGCACCACUCUCCUGCUCCACCGCAGUGUGCAGUGAACACAUGCCAAGAUAAAUUUGAAAGUAGUAGUUUAGGAGCAUGUAUAAUUUAUUUUUCUAAUGGUGCGCAUUGUGAGCUGUGGAAUUGUGUACGAAAAUGUUUACUUUACGAGACUUCCUGCUGCGGUGCGCUCGCGUACUAUCGGGGUGUUGUAGUCAAUCAUGUUAAAUAUAUUAUAAAAUAUUGUAUCUUUAUUAUAUACAGUUGUUUCAGAAACAAUAUGCACAAGAACAUCCUAUUUAAUUAUUGUGUUACAGUUUUUGGUAAUCAAAAUUUAUACCUGUGAUCCUAAUAUUUUGGUAUUGUACAAUAUAUGAAAUCAUAUUAUAAUUAAUUACUGUAUAAUAGGUAAAACGUUUGAAAUCAAUGUUAAUAUUUUAUUUGGUAAGUGUUAUACUGUCGAACAUUUUUUACAUAAGUGUAAUCACUGUUUAGAAAACAUUGGGUGCAACAGAGUGUAUGGUAAUUAUCCAGCUGCAUUUCGCAAAUGACAAUACUAAAUGCUGUAAUCAAAAACAAUGCAAUAUAAAGAAACUGGGAUGUUAAUACUCGCUUACAACCACUUACACAGUUAAUGAUAUCUGCAUAAUUCUCAGAUUUGAAAUAAUUUUAUAAGUAGCAUUGUACAAUUUUAGGUUAUAGGUAGCCUGUACAAUUUUAGGUUUCUUAUUAGCAAUUUAUAUGCAUUCAUUACAAUUUUACAUAUUGAUAAUAAAUUUAACAUAACAGAUAGGUUACCUUAUCAGUUCAUCUUUGACUUCUAAUUUCCAAUUGUUAUGCUCAAUUAAUAUUCGUUUUGGCGAUUGUAUAAUGUACUAUACUGUACUACGUAACGUAGUAAUACUUGUAAAUGUUUUAGAUCAUAGCUUUGAAACAGAUCUUAUAAUAAAAUAGGUACUUCCUGUUAAUUUAUAUAUUUUGAUAUCUUAUGUUUAUAAGAUUCAUUCUAAAUUAGUCAAUGUGUUGAAGAUCAUGAGUGUAAAAAACCUAAAAUUAUCAAUAUUUUCUUUUAUCGAUUAUAAAAGGUACCUAUGUAAAAAGAA